AUGAAUUACUUACCAGUUAGUCACGACAUUCGAAGAGGAAAUCUUCACGUAAUUAUAUUCUCAGUGCUAUUAUUAUGUUUGGGCAGUAAUGUAGCCUGCAGGGAAUAUUAUGGAAUUCGUGUUCCACCACCUGUAACUGCCAUUCCAGAAGCUGACAAGUUGAUUAAGAUGUCAAACAUUCGAUCACUAAUUGAGUGCUUCUCUGUUUGUAUGACAUAUUCCGAAUGUGGUAUGAUUAUUUACAGCGCUUCCGACAAAGUAUGUAUCCUGCGUAAAAUCAAGCAACUACCUGGUGCCUCAUCAUUCAUCGACAUUCCUGCAAACAGUAUUUACACCAUGCUACAAGCCCCCGAAUGUCCGACGUCAGCCGGCUAUACUUACCAACCAGAAUUGAGAUUGUGUUAUCAAAUAGGCUCCACGAUAACUUCAUGGAAUAAGGCUGCAGACAAUUGCAAUAAGGAUCGAGGACGACUUAUUCACAUUAAAAAUGAGGAAGUCAUGAACUAUCUAAAAACAAUAUUAUCAUGGGCUGCGGCGCAUUCAGGUCAGUAUUAUAUUGGAUCAAGUAGAGAUCUUAACAAGAACGUCUUUGUAUGGCAAACUGGAGAAGCACUAACAUAUUCUCGUUGGUUUUAUCCUAAUCCCUCUGGUGGAAAUGAACACUGUGUUAGCCUUGUGCCAACCGCAGAUUUCGGAUGGAAUGACAUUCCUUGUCACAACUCGAACAUAGGGUGGCAAAUAUGCGAGAUAGUUGUUCUAUAA